AAUAAUAAGAAAAUUCAAACUUAAAUAAUAAGCGCUCCCGAAGAAAAUUGAUUACGUAUGUAUAAUGGAUAGUACACGAUGGCCAAUGGAUAACCUUUUUAACAUGCUGUCAGGCUUCAGUACGGGUCAUGAAAAAGCCUUAAAACAAGGCAUUUAUAAUGCUGUGGCACUCUUUCUUUUGUGCCUAAUUUCUGCAGCUGUGUACGGAUUAUAUAUUAUAUUAAGUCCGUUUGUGAAACCCUUAAUUUGGGCUCUAUUAUGCGGUUCUGUUUUAUUCCCUUUCAAAUAUUCAUUAACAACCAUUGUCAAGUCAUGGUUUGAGAAAACAGAAGCAUCGCAUUCGCCUUUAAUCAUAAAUUUAAUUGUGCUACCUGUACAAAUAGUAGACAAGGUAUCUAACACUUUAGGAUCAUUUUUAUGGAAACAUAUUAAAUAUAUUGUCGGUGUAUUUUUACUGACAACAUUAGGCCUAGGUGCAUACAAUUAUACACCUAGUAUAUUGAGUUCCCUUAUAUGGAAAAUAUGCCUAAUUUUUAAUAUUAUCUUUGGAUUCUUUAUCACAACAUGUAACACUUAUACGAUUGCUGUUAUAUUGAUUGGAUAUUUGUCUGUAUUAUACAUUUAUUGGACACCAUACAAUUCAUUUCACUUCUGUUAUUCUUCAUUUGUAAUUUGGUUUAUGAUUAGUUUAUAUGUUUCCAACAUGUUGGGUGCCUAUCAAAUUAUUGUAUUUAUAACAUUACAAAUAUUGUACUUGAUAGGAUUCAUUUAUGAAGUGGCAAUUAUUAUGGAAAACCAAGAAUUAGAAGGCAAAACUUUAACAUUUAUGGAAGCAAUAUGCUUUGCAUUAACAAAUAAUUUAAUUAUAAAUAUACAACAGGACUCACUGUCUCCAUUGAAAAGUAAAACUCCUAUAGAAAAUAUUAAUGAAGAAAUCAUAGAUACCAAGAUAAGCAAUGAAGAGCAAAAAGCAAAAACUACUUCUGCUUCAGUAAUGGCAGAUACUGGUUCAAGUAUGAAAUUAUCCAAAAAAUCAAUGUCAUUAGAUGCAGGUAAUACAGUUACAAUGAGCCACAAAUUGCGACCUCUAUCUAAUGUUUCAAGUGGUAUGUCACUACGUGAUCGUUAUCUCUUAAGAAGAUUAAAAACAGAAUUAAGGAUGUCUAUAGACAUAGAAAAUGACAAAGUUGAUACUGACAAAUACAUGUAUGGUGCACUAUAUGCUUGCAUUGGUAUGCUUUUUUGGAAACAUAGAUGGAUGAUAUACAUAUUGAUUAUUCCUAUAGCUUUCUACAUUAUUAAGCAACUUGGUAAUUACUUUGGAUUAUGGAAGAUAAUUGGAAGGCAAUGCAAUAUUGUUAUGCAUGGUAUAAAGGCAUGGUGCAUAGAAAGACAUCAAGCUCUUUUACCAACUAAUGUUAGGGGUUUAUAUAAAGUUGGAAUCAUAAUUGAUGAAAAAUUAACAAAAGUUUUGAAAGCUUCAGUUGAUUCUGUGGUAACAAUUGCUGUGGUUCUUGGAUUACUUGUGUUUACUAUUUGCACCUCUAUUUUUAUAACAAUACAGGUUUAUACAGAAGGAAUACAUCUUAUACAAAUUACUGGAGAAAUACUUAAUUCAUCUUUAAUGAGUAAUCCAGACAUUGAUUGGCUACCAGAUCAGUGGGAAAAUUCAGUUAAUAGCGUAUUAGAUAAUGCUUACACAUAUGGACGAAGUGCGAUUUCUGAUGGAAUAAAAGGUAUAGUAAAAGAUUUAGAUCCUGCAAAAGCCGAUCAAAUGGAAAAAAAAGUUUUAGAACUUUGGGAUAGACUUUAUCAAGCAUGGAUGAUGUCUAAUGAGAGUCCAGAUUUAAUAGGACCUACUGUAGAUGUUACAGCAGCUUUUUCAGUAUGGGAUAGCUUCAAAGAAAGUUUUGGGAAAACACCUUUACAAUUGUUUAACAUGACCAGCAUACAAAACUUUAUAAAAGAAAAUAUAGGAACUUUCAUGUCAGUAUUGGAUUCCAUUUGGAGUAUAGUUAAAGGAAAUAUGUCUGUAAUAUUAACAAUUCUUACAGAACUAUUUUAGGUGGUGUUUUUUACAACGCUCUUUUAUCUCCUUAGUUCUAGCGAGAAAACCUAUAAACCCGUUGAAUUAACUACAGUGUUUAGUCCUAUUAGUUGCCAUAGCAUACUCCGUGUUGAGGGCUAUGUAUUUGCUGUGGCUUUGCAAGAAGCGGUAAUUGGAGUAUUUGCUGCAACAUUUAAACUUGCUUCUUUCUUUGGCAUGUGGACAUGGUUUAUACACAAUUUGUUUCAAGUAAAAAUAGUUUAUUUACCAUCAACUUUUGCAACAAUACUUGGAGCUGUACCAGUUUUGGAUGCAUAUUGUGCUUGCAUCCCAGCUACUCUAGAACUGUGGUUCACUCGAGGACCAAUGAUUGCUAUUUUGUUUUUCAUGUUUCAUUUUCUUCCUUGCAAUAUUGUUGUAACUGAAUUUUACAAAGAAAUUAAAGGCGGUGGACAUCCAUAUCUUACAGGUCUCUCCAUAGCAGGUGGAAUAUUUUGUUUAGGUGUAGAAGGUGCAAUUUUUGGUCCUUUGUUACUAUGCUGUAUAAUGGUAGCAAUUAAUUUAAGUCGUCGUUACCUGCAUUCGCCAUCGGAAGAAAUUAUACCCACGUAUUCAGAAAUUAAACAUUGACAUAGAAGAAAUAUUUAAUGAU